AAAGGACUUUUCCCCUCAUCAUCAUCAGCAGCAGCAGCAUCGUAUCAAACAGGUAGAGUGUGUACUUGACGCGAGCGUAAGCGACGUCGGGCCCGGUGUGUUUCUGUGGCGGCUCCAAGCAGCUGGUGGGCAAAAGGACACCUUUUUUUGAAUGAGGGACCGCUCGUAGGGCUUUGAGGAGUGCGCGUAUGCCCCCGCCAAGUACACGUUGCACAGCCUGCGCUGGGCCCAAUGAUAGCACGUCGUAGACGCACUGUCUCGAGCACAGACCACGAGGACAGCCUCCCUGUGACCUCGUGUAUCUCGGUCUCAACCAUGACGAGCCGCGACCGCACGGCUGAGUUCAAGUCGGCUGCCAAGCUCAUGCAGGGAACCAUUGCCCUGCAGCAGCGUCGGAUACGUGGCCCUGGGGAACGGGGAGCCCAGGAGUGGGGGCGCUUCAUGCAUGUGGCCAAGCAAAUUGGCAAGGAUAUCACCAGCACAUUCGCCAAGCUUGAGAAGCUGACAUUACUGGCCAGGCGCAAGACCAUCUUCGAUGACCGGCCAGAGGAGAUACAGGAGCUGACGUACAUCAUCAAGCAGGACAUCGGCAGUCUCAACAAGGCCAUCGCCCAGCUGCAGGAGGUGGCCCGUUCGAGGAACCAGCUGGGCGGCAAGCACAUGCAAUCCCACUCCAAUUCUGUGGUAGUCUCCCUCCAGUCCAAACUGGCAGCUAUGUCCAACGAUUUCAAGAGCAUCCUAGAAGUUCGUACAGAGAACCUGAAGCACCAGAAGAGCCGCCGUGAGCAGUUUGGCAGCCAGGGUGUGAAUGCAGCACUGCCCCCGUCGGCCAUGGGAGGUGGAUCGGUGCUGUUAGCGGAUGAGUAUGCUUCACAGCAGGGGGCGGCCGGAGACUUUCUGGCCAUCAACAUGGACGAGGGACCACGGCAUCGGCAGCUGCAGCAGCAACAGCAGCUGCUAGACGAGCAGGAUGCGUACAUCCAGAGUCGUGCAGACACCAUGGCAAGCAUUGAGAGCACCAUUGUGGAACUGGGCUCCAUCUUCCAGCAGCUGGCACUCAUGGUCAAGGAGCAGGAGGAGAUGGUGCAGAGGAUCGAUGCCAAUGUGGAGGACACGUCGCUAAACGUGGAGGCUGCACAUUCGGAAAUCCUGCGCUACUUCCAGUCGGUGACCUCUAACCGGUGGCUCAUGAUCAAGGUGUUCGCCGUGCUCAUCGUUUUCUUUAUUAUCUUUGUGGUCUUUGUUGCCUGAAACAAGACGUGUUCUAGGCUGAGUGGAGAAGCUUCUGGUGUAACCACAUAUACAGAGAAUAAUGUGCGUAAAUCAAUAAUAAAAACUUAUUUCUAA